AUGUCUGAGGUUGAUGUCGUUACCAAGGUUGGAGCUGAAGUAGGCGACAUCAAGCUUGCUCGUACGUCGUUUGACUCGCUCAUCAAGUCAAAUCCUAAACAUCGUAUUGCGGCUGCACGUUCGGAAGAAUGCGCUGGCCUUAUGGUUGCUGCAAGGGAGCUUACAAAGCAGGUUGCCAAAGGCGUUCCAAAAGCGAUGAUGGUCGGUUCGGAAGGUUACACGUACGUGAACCGCGGUACUCCCUGCGCUGUCGCCGCACUAGAGAAUAUUUUUAACUCCGUUCGGGAAGCUGUCAACCUUGAAGAACCAGCUGCGGACGCGCUCGCCAAGGACGUCGUCGAACAGGACUAUUACAAGUCCGUAUGUAUCGUGAUUACGACCCAUACAGACGAUGACAGCGGUGAUCCGUUCAUUGGCCUCUCGCACAUCCUUAUUAUCCACUUUAAACUGGUUGACCACGUGACUACUGGGAGCCCGGUUGACAUCGUCCACCAAUUUUUGGCGCCGUAUUUUCCAUAUGGUGGUCUCCGCAAGCUCGACGUAGUCUUUGAUCUAGGCACUUCUUUGAAAGUUAAAGGUUACAACGAACAAUCCAUGGAGCUUGCCAAGGACGUCGUCGAACAGGACCAUUACAAGUCCGUAUGUAUCGUGAUUACGACCCAUACAGACGAUGACCGCGGUGAUCCGUUCAUUGGCCGUAAAACAGGAGACAUAAGAUCUGAAACCAACGGCGCAGCAACGCUGCAAUGCACCCGAUACGCAUGGUCCCACGCUACAGCACGGUGGUGGAUCGACAACCCCUCGGAGGAGUACGAGCAAGUGAGACCAACGACAAAGCUGGGAAGAUCAGCCCCUUCUACCGGUUGGUUUCGGCGAGAAGCACGAAGGAGAAACCUGAUGGGGCUGGAGGACUUCCAAUGCCCGCCGAACUUGAUUUGA